AUGAAGUCUCUCCAGAUUGAGCAAUGUGAAGAUGCAACGCAUCUCGUGCACGGACAAGAUCAAACUUCCCAAGAAAAUCCUAUUCUCAAAAGCUUAGAAACAUUGAUAAUAUACCACAAUGAUAAUUUCCAAGAGAUAUGUCCCGGUGAACUACCAGAAGGAUCUUUUGGAAAGCUGAAGUUCUUCCGUGUGCAACAGUGCCUGUCCUUGGUUAAACCUCUCCUUCCUUCAACUUUGAUAAAGAAUCUCAACAAUCUCGAAAGGGUUGAAGUGGAUGGAAAUCCUGUGUCAGAGCUUUUCAAGUUUGAUGAACCGAGGCCACAAUCUUACUUCUUGACCAGACUGAAAGAAUUGAAGUUGAACAAUUUGUAUAGACUUGAACACAUAUGGAAUGGUCCUGUGGAGCAUGCAAAGUUGAACACAUUGUUCCAAGGUUUGUCGCAGUUGGAAGAGCUCUAUGUGGAGAAUUGUCCAAAAUUGGAGAACGUAAUUGUGAAGGAUGGUACUGAACAGGAAGCAAAACCAUUCCCUCUCUUGAAGAAAUUAUCCCUUAUUUCUCUGCCAAUGCUUACCUCAAUCUAUGGAGGGAGUGAAACCAUCCAAUGGCCUUUACUCAAAGACAAGCUUGUAAAAUAUUGUGACAAGUUUUCAGGCUUCCAACCUCCACAGCAACUGCCAAUUGCAGCGGAUUCAAUGUUGCAAAUCAACAUUGAAUCUCCCUAG